AACUCAGUCCCUCCCUAAAACCCUGUUUCUUUUAAUAAAAGGGGGAAGUUCUGCAAAAAAAGGAAUUUUUUAAAUUUCGUCCUCUGAAUAUCCCCGAUCAUUUUCAGUACUUGGUUGAUUCUGUCCUCUGUAUAUAUGUAUUAAAAUUAAAUUUGUGUCAUGGGUUUUUGAUCAUGGUCAGAGCUUGUUCCUUCAAUUGCAAUUGUUUGUGGGUUUCCAUUGGGAAUUCAAGGAACAUGAAGCUAUCUAACUUCGGCAUUGUGUUUGCUGACUCCCCGAGUAGGAGAUCGUGCUUUUGCAACUUGUUACCUGCAGCUGCUUUCCUUUCUUUACUCUUCUUCAUUGGAAGUGCUUUUGUAACCUUUGAUUACAAGGAGAAAGCAUCAACACGGGAACCAAUCAAAUACACGCCAGAAACUACAAAGCAAAAUUUGUGCAAGAAUCAAGGGAGUCCUUCAGGGACUGAACUGUUGCCUAAAGGAAUAGUUAGCAGAACAUCAGACUUGGAAAUGCAAUCCCUAUGGGGCUCUCCACGCUGGCCAAAAAGAAAGGGUCAUAAGAGUCCAUCAAAGAGCUUAUUGGCGAUUGCAGUUGGAAUAAAGCAAAAGGAAGUGGUUAAUCAAAUAGUGAAGAAGUUCUCAUCCAGUGAAUUUGUUGUGAUGCUAUUCCACUAUGAUGGUAUCGUGGAUAAAUGGAGAGACUUGUUAUGGAGUGACAGAGCCUUGCAUAUCUCUGCAAAUAAUCAAACAAAAUGGUGGUUUGCCAAGCGUUUCCUACACCCAGACAUUGUAGCAGAGUAUGACUAUAUUUUCCUUUGGGAUGAGGAUCUUGAUGUGGAACAUUUUAAUCCAGGCCGCUAUCUAUCAAUUAUUAGAAAAGAAGAACUUGAGAUAUCCCAACCUGGACUGGACACUUCCAAAUCAUUGGUUCAUCACCGGAUUACUGCACGAUCAAGAAAAGGAGAUGUUCAUAGCAGAAGAGUUUACAAGUAUAGUGGUGGAGGAAGGUGUUAUGAGAACAGUACUGGCCCUCCGUGCACAGGAUGGGUGGAAAUGAUGGCUCCUGUGUUUUCAAGAGCUGCCUGGCGUUGUGCAUGGCAUAUGAUCCAGAAUGACUUGAUCCAUGCGUGGGGCCUAGAUAUGAAGCUUGGUUAUUGUGCUCAGGGUGAUAGGAGCAAAAAAGUAGGUGUUGUUGACAGUGAAUACGUCGGACAUUUGGGACUACCAACUCUUGGUGGUCGUAACGAAAGCAAGGUUUCUUCUGGGUCAUUCACCUAUAAAGAUAGACUUGGAGUGAGACGACGGUCUUAUGCUGAACAAGAGAUCUUCAGACGAAGAUGGAAUAGAGCAGUUGCAGCGGACAAAUGCUGGAUAGAUCCUUAUCCCGAACCUGCAAAGAAAUCAGGCAAAUAGUAAAUAAACAGCGAUAACAUACUCCAUACUACAGUGCUAUAUAAGAAUCAAGAGAAUACUCGAUACAAGCUAUAUAGGAAUAAAAUGCUAAAACUUGCGUCUUUUUUUUUUCCGUCUUUUGAUAAAGUUCACAUUUUAACUUAUACAAGGCCAGCUUGUUGUAUAGAUGCUUGAAAUGUGUGUAUAAUAUAUAUUAACUGUAAUUAUGGUUAACAUUCUUUUUCAAUAAUAGGAAUUUGUACAUCAUAACUUGUUUAAAUAAAACCAUUAGAUACAUUUGAUCAUUCAUGCAGGUAUUAUUCUUCAGUAUUUCGAACGUUCUAUGAAUAGAAGUUGCAUGGAGAUAUGACUUUGAUAGGAAAACAUUUUUCAUUUGAAAGGUAUUCUCCACGUUUAAGUUAAAAAUUUAGUUUUCUUUUUGUAAUUUAGGAUAAUGUCUUGAUACAGUACUUUUUCCUUGCAAUCUACUAAAUCACUAUAUACACACACACACGAAAUUAAAAGCAAAACCUCAAUGUUACCAUACAGGCUACAACAAACAUUAGUUACUACAGUGUAAUUUAGAAUAUCUAAAUACUUGUUCAUCCUAUAGUAGAAUUUUCAACCCUAGCCAUACUGUUCAUGCUGCAAUGAUUUCUCCCCACAAACACUGUUUAUGUACAGUGUAAUUUUUGAAUCUUAAACAUGUCCCAUAUGUCAUAGUGAUUUUUAGCCCUUUAUCCACUGUUUAAGCUGAAGUUGAAGUAACAUUUUUUUAAUUUUGAAAACAGUUCAUAUCUUCUUUUUUAUUUUUUUUUUGUUCUUGCAAAUGAUGAACUUAAUCUUUACCAGAUCUUUCAUAAAUAUAAAUCUUAUUUACCUUUAUUAUAGAAAAUUGAUAAAACUUAUUAAUUGGUGUAUUAUUUUGUUAACUGAUUCGAAAAUCCACUCUGUAAUAAUAGUAAAAAAAUAUUCGCUGAAGUUUCCAUAAAUAGUUAUAUAUAAAAACUAUAUUAUCAAUUUAGUGAUAGAUGUACCUCGAUAAAUAAUACCCGCAGCAACGCACAUGUUUAUAGUAUAAGGGAAUGGUAGGAUUUAGAAUCACAUAAUCUUUGUGAAUAUUUCCUUGUUCAAUAUUAUAGCUUACAUUUGUGCAUGUAUCGAGUAGUGUUGAGCUAGAUUUAACAUGAACAUAUGCACUUGAUCUCAGAGGAGAGAUUAGAUUUUGAGAUAUUGACUUGAAUCCUGUUGAUUAUUAAUGGAAUCAUGACAUGGUUCUACUCCGAUGAUAUAAAUAAUCACAUUGAUUACUAGAUCUCCUUAAAUUGUUGUGUUUCUAUGCUUGUUCCCUAUUUUUCUAUGUUCUUUCUAAGCGUCGAACAACGGUAUUAAGGUAUAUUCCAUUGCUGUUGUUAACAGCUUUUGUGUUACAUUUUUGCCAAAUAAAUGACCCUAAAGUAGUCCUACUAAUAAUCAGUGGCGAAGCCAAGUGAGGCUUGUCCUGGGCUACUACCCAGAGCAAGAAAUUGUGUUUUUACAAGGUAGGAGUGGUCUCGUAAGCAGGUCCCAAGGUGAUGGCGGUGGUGGUCCUGGACAAGGUAGCGGUCGAGAACGAGACUUAGGGCAAAGAAAUGAGAGAGCGAGAGAGUCUAGGGAAGGAGAAAGGGAGAGAUGGUCAACUGAAAGAAAAUUGAACUUAUAGUUUGAAACCACAUUUAUUUUUCGCCCUGGCAAAAUAUAAUCCCAGCUACGCCACUGCUAAUAAUGAAGAUGACAUGAGAGCAUAAUUUGGCAAUUUAGAACUCUUAUAAUCCAGUGGAAUAGAAUACUAAUAAAGAAAACUGUAUAUAUCACUUAUCUAAAAAAUCUCAGCCGUAUCCUUUGUCAGUUUUUGACAAAAAUUUGGAGUCUAAUGACAUAGCUCAGUUUUUAGUCAAACCUUAUCUCCUUUCACCCAUCAAUAUGGGAAUCUCCACAUUCGGCAAGUAUCAAUCAGCUAGAACUGUAACAACUUUCUCUGUAGGCUGCCAUUUUCUUUAAGUUACCGGCUUGAAAUUAAUCCUUAUUUUUAAGAUUAUUGUUGUCUUGUCCAUCUUUCCUUUCAUAUGACAUAAAGGUUUGCUCACAAUUUUCCUUAUGAAAAGAAAAAGACGUGUCUCUUGUCUAAUUAAUAUAUAGGACCCUUGACUUUGGGGAAAAUCCAAAACAUUAUUGUGCUCUUACAGACUCACACCAGCUAAAACGUAUAUCUUUAUGCCUACGCGCGCGCAAUCUCUUAGACAACAAUUCUUGAUGUCCCCAAAAAUCAUGGUAAAUAUUAGCAUGAAUCUUUCUUUUUUUUGUCAUCCUUUAUUUACAGUUAUUCUUAAGGAAAUGCUAAAUGAACUUUUUAUUGUGACUUGUAAUUAAACUCAAGAGUAAUACGUGUUCAGCCUGACAUUCAUUAGAUAUAGGAUUUUAGUGCAUAUGAUACCGUUCAUGUAGAAAGGGGAACAACGGCAACAAAGUUCAGGCAAAUUGACGAAUGGACAUUUUGGAGGUCGUAUGGUCGACCGCGAUGACUUCGACGGUUGAUCGGAAACAUGCACGAGUACAGGGUAGAUUCUAGCUUUUUGUUCGGUCGACCGCGAAGACUUCGGCGGUCGCCCGCCAAACCCUGUAAUGGAUUUUUGGUUUCUGUCGUUUUGUCCG